AUGGCGCUCAACGAUCGGGGUGACGGCCGGUGGGGAGAGAACCAUGACGGCAACAUAUCUGUGUCGGCGGCCCUCGACGAAUUCCAUACUCUUGAGCGGGAACUCACGGCGCGGACACGACGCUCAGAAGCCGACGCCAAACAGAGACCUUCGCACGGCGCUGUGACAGAGCAUUCGGGAACAGAGGUUGUCGAUGCUACAGAAACCGACCUGCCUGGAUUUCUGCGCCGUGGCCUCGUGGCCGGUCGGACGCCAGAUGGGGAGCCCAGCAAGCAGCUCGGCGUGUCAUUCAAAAACCUCACCGUCAGGGGCACUAAGCCCGCCAACGUGUCCGUCAAGACCUUGCCCCGAGCCAUCUUGAAUACGUUUGGUCCGGAUCUCUGGAACUUCGUUCGAAAACACGCCGGAUUCAACACCCCAAGCCAGGAGCAGACUUUUGAGAUCAUCCGCGAUUUCUCUGGUACUGUUCGCCACGGCGAGAUCCUGCUUGUGCUGGGUCGUCCUGGGUCGGGCUGUUCAACCCUCCUCAAAACAAUAUCGAAUCUUAGGGCCGAGUAUUCCAGGGUGGAAGGCCAAGUUUUCUACGGCGCCAUGUCUGCCAAAGACCAGGAACGACAGUUUAGGGGCGAGGUGGUCUAUUGCGAAGAGGAUGACCAGCACUUCCCUUCGCUCACUGUUUGGCAGACGCUCUGGUUCGCCAUGAAGAACAAGACGAAGAAGAGAGAGGAAUGGAUUAUUCCGCCUGUAAUUGACUCUCUACUUCAGAUGUUCGGCAUCCACCAUACCAAGGACACAUUAGUUGGAGACGCACACGUUCGGGGAGUGUCCGGGGGAGAAAGGAAGCGGGUGAGUCUCGCCGAGACCUUUGCCACGAAUGCCUCAGUUGUGUGCUGGGACAACUCCACCCGUGGACUGGAUGCGAGCACCGCAUUAAAGUUUGCGAAAUCUCUCCGUGUGUACACUGAUGUCACCGGAAAAACGACACUCGUAACUCUCUACCAGGCCGGCGAGUCGAUUUACGAGCUGGUUGAUAAGGUCUUGGUUAUGGAUGAGGGGCGAAUGCUCUUCCAAGGGCCAGCCAAAGAGGCGAAGAAGUACUUUGAGGACUUGGGUUUCUGGUGUCCCUUGCGACAGAAUACCCCGGACUUCUUGACGUCUGUUGCUGACAGGUCUGCCCGUCGCUUUCAGCCUGGGUGUGAAGAGACAGGCCCCAAAACCCCACAGGCCCUCGAGCAGGCAUUUCGUAACAGCCUUCACUACCAGCGACUCCUCGAAGACCUCAAGGCGUAUGAGCUCGAGGGCAACGACUCAGGCAACGAGAAGCAGGCACUCUUUGAAGCCACUGUGCACGAAUCAAAGUCAAAGCACGUUACGUCUUCAUCUCCCUACACAGUCUCAUACGCACGCCAAGUCAUGGCUGCUCUACAGCGGCAGAUCUGGCUCUUCUACCACGAGCGCACCUCCUUCUACACCAAGUUCAUUAUCAUCGUUGUCAACUCCAUUAUCGUCGGCUCCCUCUUUGCCGAGACAGAUCCAACUUCUACCUCUUCCGCAUUUUCCAAGACUAGCAUGGCCUUUUUUGCCAUUGCAUUUAUCGGCUGGCUCCAAUUUAGCGAACUCCUUCCUGCUAUUACCGGCCGCGCCACCAUUAAGCGCCAGCAGUCCUUUGCCUUUUAUCGGCCAUCGGCCGUUGUUAUAGCAAGAGCUAUCAUUGACAUUCCCGUUCUGUUUGUUUUAGUUUUAUUCUUUUCUAUUCCUUUCUACUUUAUAUCGAAGCUGGACUAUAAUGCUGGCAAGUUUUGGGUGUUUUUUCUGACGGUUUAUUCCGCAUCAUAUUCCAUCACGGCCAUGUUCCGCAUGCUUGCUGCGUUUUCUACCACGGUGGAUGACGCCAUUCGCUGGGUCGGUGUCUCAGUUCUGAACAUAAUGUUUAUAUGCACUGGAUACGUAAUUUCUCGCAACCAGCUCCUCAGCCAAGUUCCCUGGUUCGGCUGGAUUAGCUAUGCCAACCCGAUUGCAUAUGGGUUCGAAAUGGUUCUGGUCAAUGAGUUUGACGGAAGCGAGAUGGCUUGCAGCGAGGCGCACCUUGUCCCACGAGGACCUGGCGCACAAGGAGGGUAUCAAGGAUGCAGUCUUCCUGGGUCACAAAUAGGGAGCACCACUGUUUCUGGUGAUGCUUACCUGCAGACGAGUUUUGACUUCCAACGAUCCAACCUCUGGCGAAACUUUGCCAUCAUCCUUGCCUUCGCUGUCCUUUUCCUUGUCGUCAAUGUUCUCGUCAUCGACCGAUCCAAAUACGAGAGCUCGAGUGCCCAAUCUCUGGUCUUCGCGAAGCCGCCGACAACCAAGAAGCGUACCCAGGAUGCCAAAUCUCUGGCCAAGCAGGCCCCCGCCGUUGAGAAGGUCCAGGACGCCGGCGUCUUCACAUUCAAGGACAUCACAUAUACCAUCCCGUAUAACGGUCAGCAACGACGUCUCUUGGACAAUGUUUCGGGCUAUGCCGUGCCUGGCAAGAUGAUCGCCCUCAUGGGUAGCUCAGGAUCGGGGAAGACGACACUCUUGAACACACUUGCUCAGAGACAGAGAGUUGGCGUUGUGUCUGGUGACAUUCUUGUUAACGGCUCUCCACUGAGCGAGAACUUCAAACGGGCUACUGGGUUUUGCGAACAACAGGAUAUCCAUGAAGGAUCGGCGACUAUCCGCGAAGCGCUAGAGUUCUCAGCUCUCUUGCGACAGGAGAGGCAUAUUUCUUCGGCAGAAAAGAUUGCCUAUGUUGACGAAAUCAUGAACCUCUUGGAGCUGGACGACAUGGACAACGCCCUAAUCUCUUCUCUCACUGUUGAACAGCGCAAGCGCGUCACCAUUGGUGUUGAGCUCGCCGCGAAACCCUCCUUCCUCUUGUUCCUAGAUGAGCCUACCACUGGCCUCGAUAGCCAGUCUGCAUUCUCGAUUGUCCGCUUCCUCCGCAAGCUCUGCGACGUAGGCCAGGCUAUCAUUUGUACCAUUCACCAGCCAUCUUCAGAUCUCAUCGAACAGUUUGAUAUGAUCCUUGCUAUGAACCCGGGGGGUAGAACCUUUUACUUUGGGCCAGUGGGAGAGAACGGCUCUCAAGUUGUGGACUACUUUGCCGCGCGUGGAUUCCAAUGCGCCCCGAACCAGAAUGUCGCCGAAUUUAUUCUGGAGACUGCGGCCCAGCCCCUAGACAACGGCGAUAAAUCCGGCCUCAACUGGAACAAGGAGUGGCGCCACAGCAACGAGGCCAAGGCUGUCUUCGAAGAUAUUAACCGGUACAAGGCAGCAAAGACGACAGCCGCAACAUCCGACAGGGAACAGACCAAGUUUACCGCGCCCACGUGGUACCAAUGCGUCUUGCUCACGAAACGCAUCUUCAUCAAGAACUGGCGCGAGCCGAGUUACGUAUACAGCCGUCUCUUCGUCCACGUCGUUCUCGGCAUCACCAAUGGUUUCAUUUUCUGGGACCAGUCAAAUACCGUCUCUUCCCUCCAAAACCGCAUGUUCACCAAUCUGGUCCUCGCCUUCUUCGUAUCCCCCACGGUCGUCAACAGUAAUGUGGCUAGCUUCUUCGACCGCCGGGAUGUGUGGGAAGACCGCGAACUGCCAAGCUGUACGUAUGGAUGGGUGGCGUUCUGCACUGCCAACAUCGUCACCGAGAUCCCUAUUUCCAUCGUUGCAGCCACUGUAUACUGGCUUCCCUCCUACUUUGCCGUUGGAUUUCCUGCCAAGGCAUCCAUCUCCAGCUAUAGCUACCUUAUGUCGGUUCUGUGGUCUAUGUUCACAGCAGGUUGGGGCCAGUGGAUCGCGGCCUUUGGACCGACUUACAGUGUGGUUGCCAAUAUCAUCCCCUUGUUCUUGGUUGUUGUCGCACUGUUCAACGGCAUGUUUACGCCAUUCUGGACCUUCCCUGCCUUUUGGAAAUACUGGAUAUACUACGCCAACCCCCUAACGUGGUACUGCCGCGGUGUCCUCUCCGCCAUCUUACCACAGGUCUCGGUUCAAUGCGUAGACGCCGAGUUCGCGUAUUUUGAGCCUCCUCCCGGCCAGACGUGUGGUGACUAUGCAGGCCAAUUCCUCCGGGACGUCGCUAAUGGCGGAUAUCUCCAGGAUGCCAAUGCCACGUCCAACUGUCAAUUCUGCCCAUAUAAAAAUGGCGCCGAGUACAUGGCCACCUUGAACGUACAGGCCGAUGACAAGUGGCAUUGUCUGGGUUACCUGGUUGCUUUUACGUUAGCCAAUUGGUUUUUGGUCUACUUCUUUGUCUACACAACCAGGAUUAAAGGCUGGACUUUUGGGGUUGGGCCCACCGCCAGGGUAUUGAGGCGGUUGACACAGAAGGUGCUGCUAAAGAAGGAAAGGGUAAACCAGGACGCUCAGGUGUAG